AUGGCUUCCAUUACACCACUGCCGCCGUCUCACUGGCAACUCGCCAAUCUGCCACCAGAGAUACUGGUCAGAGUCGCUUCCUUCCUGACUACGCCAGAAUUGGGCGCUCUGCGACGAUCGUGUAAGGAAAUCGAGAUGAAGCUCUUCGUGGACUUUGCCCGCGAGUUCUUCACCAAGCGCCAAUUCUUGAUAGAACACGAGAGCCUCGAGGCGCUAGUCGGCAUCUCCAGACACCCGGGCCUAGCUUCAAGACUGCGCGAAGUUCUCAUUGAUUCAAGUCAUUUCUCGCUUACGCCAGAAAUCAGGUGCAGCCGGACCAAGAAUGGUUAUGUCAACCGGGACGUGCUGUUGCAAACCGGUCUUGCGCGGGACAUGCUUGCUGAGGUCUUUUCAAACCUACCAAAUUUGAAAACCGUCGGCCUCAGAGACUACGACGGAUAUGGACGUAUUCGAGAUGGCCCUUAUGCUAAAUGGCGCUCUUGGGGCUGGUCGCUGUUCUCGGAAAAUUAUGUCGUGGAUCGUAGACCGCAUGCACUGUUGUUCCCGAUGCUCCUCUCAGCCUUGACUCAGGCCAAUGCCCGGCCUAGCAAUAUCGAAGUAUUCACCAAAAAGAGUUCAAAGCUGCAGCCAGAAUCAUUCCUUCUGCCUCGGAACACAUCCAUCAGUGCAGUCCUUGCAGACCUGAAGACACUCAUGCUUGACAUUCCGACCGAUGAGAUAUCAGACACAGAUGAUAAUCCAUCGUUUGCGUGUGUGGACGUCGAAGACACACCCCUCCGCCUAUUCUUGCAUCGCACAACGCAAUUGCAGUCCCUUCGACUGAACUUUCUUCCCUACAUUAAUCACGCUGAUCAUCCUCGUCGUCCGAGGACUCGUCAUCAGAGGGGUUGGCGUAUCGUAGAUUGGCUCGGUCGUCCCAUUUCUGUUGCCGCAAAGAGUGCGCCACUCACUGACUCACCCACGCCUCCAGUCCAUCUCCCUUUCUUGACCAGUUUGGAGCUUGGCAAGACCAUGGUGACCACCGCAGACUUGGUGCGCACUCUGGCAAAGUUCGAUCUCCAGUCCUUCAGCCUCCACAGGAUAUGUUUGGACAACCCUCGACCAGAUAGCAUAGCUCAAGACUGCUGGGCACAGUUCCUGUCACAGCUGUCCACAAGCUUGUCCCCUUCGUGUCGAAUCCGGAAGAUUAUGAUUCGUCAGCCAUCCCAAGGACCCUACCGGUGGCGUGUGCGAGGUAUCCAUAAUGGAACAUCAGUAGUGCGCUUUGUCCCAGAGGGCACCAACGCUGCGAACAAGGCCAAAGCGGAGAAACUUUGUGAGAUUGCUUUCGACAGUCUUUACACCGGAAGAACGAUACAUGAAUGGCUGAGAGACAUGUCUGGGCUGACUUACAUUCAGUGGCCUCUUGGUCACCCAGUUCGUGUUCGCCUCGGACUCGACAUGACGACUCCGGAGGACGCGGAGGAGGAUGAAGACGGCGGGGGAAACGAUAGCGAUGCGUAG